UUUAACUCAGACAACAAAAACAAGUAAAAAAUUUCAGUUAAUGUUGUUAUUAUUAUUGAUUUUCCCCAGUCGAUUCGAAAUUGAGCGUAAAACCCAGCGAAUCAGCUGUUUGGCGGCAGCGAGAGGAAAACAAAACAAUUAAAUAUCCGCCGCAGCCGCAACAAAAAAAACAACAUAAGAAGAAAACAACUGCGCCGCGAUAAAAUUGUUUGCCAAUAAGAAUCGGGCUUAGUGCGAAUUGGCAUCCGAAAGAUACAGGAACGCGGUGGCUGCAGCUGCACCAGGAAGACCAUGGUUUUCUUCAAGUUCUUGAAGACCAAACUGUAACCUCCCAAUUUAUGACGAAGACAAAUCGCUUGGUGGUUUUGCGGCACGGCGAAAGCGACUUCAACAUAGAGAAUAAGUUCUGUGGGUGGCAUGAUGCGCCGUUGAGUGAAUUCGGAAUCCAGGAGGCUCUGACAGUGGCGAUUCCUGCGCUGGCCCAGUCCCAGCUGGAAUUCGACGUGGUCUACUCAUCCGUUCUAAGUAGAUCGCGACAGACUGCCGAGCUGAUUCUCUGCAAGCUCAACUGUGCCUAUGUGCCCAUAAAGGAGGAUUGGCGGCUGUGCGAACGCCACUACGGAGACCUCACGGGCUACCGGAAGCGGAAGGUUGCCGAUCGCUACGGGGAGGAGCAGGUGCAGGCCUGGCGACGAGGAUACGACUGUGUGCCGCCGCCCAUUGAGGAGAGCAACCGCUACUACUACACCAUCUGCAGCAAUCCCAUCUUCGACGACGUCCCACCCGGCGAGUUCCCCCUCGCCGAGUCCCUACACAUGUGCGUCGACCGGGUGAAGCCCGUCUGGAAGGAGGUCAAGCGGGAGGUGCUCAAGGGCUCCCGGGUUCUGAUGUGCGUCCAUGGCACUGUGGCGCGCGCCCUUGUCCAGCACAUCGAGGGAAUCUCCAACGAGGCCAUCGAAAAGGUCAACAUUCCUAACUGCGUGCCACGCGUCUACGAGUUCGACUUAAACACGGGAGGCUUGGUGAGCGGCGCCAUAAACCUGGGAGAUCAGGAGUAUAUCCGGCGGAAAACCGCCCAGGUGGCAGCCAUUGGCGACUGACUGAGGAACAGUCCUCGACUUUUAUGGGAUUUACAUACUUGAGCCCUGCGGAGAAGUUGUUUGCCUUCGCUGCUGGAAGUCUAAGGAGCUCUGCUGUUUAGGAUUAUAACAUUUAUUUAUUUGUCUAACUUGUCUGAUAUUUUCCGCCAAAAAUAUACAAUUUAUACAAGACAUAAA